AAUGUGGGACCGUUUAAGGGGAAGGUGGCGGUGAGCCACAUCCUGUGGCUGCGGCUGCGGCUCCGGCUCCGGCUCGGGUUCCUCGAGACGAACCGCAGUAUUGGCCACCGGAGGAAUGGCUACCACACCGAUAAGGUCACAGAAUGUGCAGCAAGCAGGCAGGAUGAAGAAGGACGAAUCGUUCUUGGGAAAGCUGGGAGGAACCUUGGUGAGGAAGAAAAAGGCUAAAGAAGUGAGUGACCUACAGGAAGAAGGUAAAAAUGCCAUCAAUACUCCAUUGUCUCCAACACCUACUGAUAUUCAUCCAGAGGACACAAUGCUAGAGGAAAAUGAAGAAAGAACAAUGAUUGAACCAAAUUCCAAGGAGGAGGCCAAAUUCAAAGAACUCAUAAAGGUUCUCAUUGACUGGAUUAAUGAUGUACUUGUAGAAGAAAGAAUAAUAGUGAAAAGUCUGGAAGAAGAUUUGUAUGACGGACAGGUUCUGCAGAAAUUGUUAGAGAAACUUGCAAAUCGUAAACUCAAUGUCGCAGAAGUGACACAGUCAGAAAUAGGGCAGAAGCAGAAACUUCAGACUGUGUUGGAAACUGUGAAUGACCUGCUUCGACCUCAAGGCUGGGCAAUAAAAUGGAGCGUUGAUUCAAUUCACACAAAAAGCAUGGUGGCUAUUCUUCACCUUCUCGUGGCUUUAGCUAUGCACUUCCGAGCCCCCAUCAGAUUGCCAGAGCAUGUCUCCGUGCAAGUGGUGGUUGUAAGGAAGCGGGAGGGCAUACUGCAAACAUCGCAUGUUACAGAGGAGUUUACCAGCACAACAGAGAUGAUGAUGGGGAGAUUUGAGCGGGAUGCUUUCGAUACACUGUUUGACCAUGCACCUGAUAAGCUCAAUGUUGUUAAGAAGUCACUUAUUACAUUUGUGAAUAAACAUCUAAACAAACUUAACUUGGAGGUGACAGAACUGGAGACACAGUUUGCAGAUGGUGUGUACUUGGUGUUGCUUAUGGGACUUCUUGAAGAUUACUUUGUUCCUCUCUACAACUUCUAUCUGACACCAGAAAGUUUUGAACAGAAGGCUCACAAUGUAGCAUUUUCCUUUGACCUUAUGCAGGAUGGCGGACUUAAGAAACCAAAGGCUCGCCCAGAAGAUAUUGUAAACCUGGACUUGAAGUCAACUCUGAGAGUGCUUUACAAUUUAUUCACGAAAUACAAGAAUGUGGAGUAAUUGCUGGAAUAAUCAAGACAUUCUAGAAGAAACGUCUCUGAGCAGUUAACCAGAAAUGACUCCCCUACACCUGUGCCUUGCCAAGUUGACAACACAGUAUUAGUUUCUUUUGGAUUUUCUAAAUAUGGAAUAUGCUAGUUUGUAAUUUGUUUUUAUAUGUACAGUAGUCUAUCCAUCCAGGACCAUUUCUUUCUUCCCUUAAAGCCAUUUUGGUAUUUAACUCAAUGUACCCAUCCUGCUUUAAGUACUACAGUUACAAUGUUGUCUGUUAGAUUCCGUGGCACCUGACCAUUUUGUUUCCUGUGUUUUGUUUUAUGCUGUAUUGUAGUAUGAAUUUUGAUACACCAUGUAUGUCACCUGACUGUUUGACACCAUGUUACAUUGAGGAUAGAGUAUAUCAUUUGAUUGCCUUGUGACUUCUUGAGGAUUGAGCAGUCUCUCACCUUUCCAGGACUAGAGCCUCUUCCUGGAAUAGACAGUAGUGUCUGUAUGUGAAGAUACCAGUUGGGAUUGGUGAAUGAUUUCCAACUCGGCAACAUCUAAUUGCCUUUAAAAAUUAAUAGGUGUAAAUCAUUACUUGUGCUGCAGUGUUGCUUUCUUCAAAGGACUGUUGUGGUGCAGUGGUAGAAUCCCUAUAUUUCUGAGUCAGGACACCCAGGUUCAAGUCUCACCUGUUCUGAAGUGUGUAGUGACAAUUCUUAACAGGUUGAUUAGAAAAUAUAUUUUCUUCUCCGGGAGUUCUUCUAUGCUGUGUUAGUCUCCGACCUCUGAGCCUCAGAGCUCAAGUUGCACCUGCUCCAGAGGUGUGUAAUGACAUCGCUGAACAGGUUGAUUAGAAAAUAUCUACUGUUUUCUUUGAAAAUUAUCCUAUUUGUUUACUCCCAUGAUGUCAUCAGUUGGAAUGUGGCAAAUAAUGCCACUAUUGUAUUGUUCAUUCGCUGUGCUAUAUUUUGUAAUAGUCCGCUUGAGUCCUUACAGUCAAAAGGAUGGGUUUCUACUUCCUUUUAAGGCUUUACCAAUAACAUUGAGAGAUACACAUCUUGCACUUUUCUCCUGGGCUCAAAUGUCUCAGUGCAGCUGAGAUUUGAGAAUUCAGUGAAGCAGCCACUUGCAUCUCUGUACAAUGCUGCAGCAUCACUCCAAGCAGAGAUUCAUCAUUAUUGGAAUUCUACAAUGAGAGAUUAGGUCAAUAUAAUUAAUGUAACAUGACAGUUCUUAUAAAUUUGUUAGGAAGAGGCUUUACAAAGAUAGAGUUUCAUCUGCUUUUGUAAUCUCUCUAAUUCUUAGGAAGAUGGGCAUAGCAACAAAGGAUUAGGAAGCAAGUGGCAAAUAGUUAGGUUGAAAAGCUGUCAUCAAAAUUAAUGGAAGGAAAUAAUGCAACAAAAAUAAUGACUUUCUUAAAGGGACUGUCCUUCUUUAAAUGGUCAGCAUUCAUAACACACAUUGAUCCAGAAAAGUACCCUAGGUUUUUACUGCAACAUUCUAAAUUACGAUCCUUAAUAUGUUUUGACAAUUGGUCAUUAAGUGUAGAUACAUAAAAGGCAGAGUUAGGUUAAAUAUUUAUUAUGUAUCAGUACACAUAGCUGGUUGAGUAAACAAUAUUUUCUCUUUCCUUCUUACUGUUGAAGAAAAUCAAAAUGUUGGGUUGGAGAUUGAAAUGUUAAUGACUCCUUCAAUCUAAUGGUGGCACUGUAGCACAAAUAGACAGUAAGGUACAAGUGAGCCCUAACAAUAUGACUGAAGCAUUUCUGCUUUCAAACAUUUGUCACUCUGACAACUACUGAAUAUCAGGGUGCUGGGGUAUCUGGAAGCAAAAUUCCUACUUUUGCCAGAAAUAUUUUGAAAGUUGUUUUAGAAUUGGAGAAUGAGCAGGGCCUAGUGCAACUAAUUAUGUGAUGGACUUACUUGAGAUGACAGAUUCAUCAAGUCAAAAUUGAUUUUAAUGGAACAAAGUUAACCUGAGUACAGAAUGAGAAUUUUUUGAUAAAAUUGUUGGUGGAAGAAAUCCACCCCCUGCCCUGUAGGAACAUAAUCAUGUUACCUACUCACCCUGAGGCAGCAUUGGGGCAGUUUAACCUGUCUAAUUACUUAGGGCCUUGAGCUAGAGGAUUUACACUUCCUCUUUGCUGACUCAUAAUGCAGGGUACAUGUAAAUGCCUGCAGAAGUCUGACCUCAGUGCUUAUUUCUCAUCUAGUUUAUUCACCCUCUCUCAAAUCCUUACAAACGGCACAUGAAAUGGGAACCAUGCAAAUCAAACUCGUUAAUGGUACAAGAGUAUUUUUUAGGAAACAUUGCAAAGCAUAUGUGGGAACAGUUCUAUUUUGCUGUUUUUUUACUUAAUGAUUACAUCAAACUGUUUUCUGUUAGAUUCUAAUUUGCAAUUGUAAUAUUAUAAAUAUAAUGCAAUUAUAUUUGAGAGAUGAACAGACAGCAGAAUAAUCAUGUACCGUAACUGGCACUUGAGCAGUGGAAAGAGUUUGCACACAGUUCAGUUUUUUUUCCCUGAUAUUUACACACAGUUGCACACAGUUAUUUGUUUUGCCAUCACGGCAAUUUAUAAACUCUGAACUAUUUUUUUUUCAUGAUCUUUACUAUUUAUUAAACCGAUGAAUUUCAUAGUAUUUUGUUAGUGCAUGAUAUCAUCGACAAAGGUGCUAGUUAGAUGUAACCAGAAGCCAGUUUGGUUAUAACUUGCAGUGUCAAGCAGUAAUUUACUUGAAACAUAUUUCUUUUAAUAGAAAAGUGUACUAUUAGCUGCAAUUCCUCAUAAACUGGUGAUAAUUUUACAGUGAUGCAGUCACUGACAAGUAUAACAUGAAGAAUCUCACACAUGGACCUGUAAGUUCCUUUUGCACUGAAUUGCCUUAGACAACAGUGUGAUUUUCUUCUAUCAGCUUGCAAGAUUAUAAAUGAUUCAAUGUUAUCAGUUUUUUAUAUUAUGUAAGUCAUCUGAAUUGUAUUUACUGUGAAUAAGACACAAAACACCAGCAGGUUUCCAUCUGGUAGAUCAAUCUCUAAAGAGCUCAUAUUCAAUUUUCCAUAAUGCCCUACUCACGCAUACCCCUUGAGAUUGCUGAUCUGCAUUGAUUCCUUGUCACCCAAUGUCUCCAAUUUAACUUCUUCCUUUUAUUUAAAUCCCUCAGUGUCCGUGCCACUCCAUAGUUUUGUAGCUGCCUAAAGUACUUCACCAAGGCUUCUCUUCCCAUUGAGCUCUGUAGUCUUACGAAUUUGACCUUUUGUGCAUUUUCCCUUCUCUAGUCUUCACUUCUGCGCUAUCCCCAUUAUCUUAGUGCCUUUAGCUGCCUAUCUUCAACAAUUUGGAAUGCCCAUUCUAUAUCCUAUGUAGCCUGUACUAUUAACAUGCAUUCUAUUAACAAGUAGAGGACAAAGAUUUUGUCAUGUCAUCACCAUUAUCAUGGUGUCAGUUUAAUUUGAGGAGUAAGCAUCUUGGGAUAUUUACAUGUGACAGAUUUUUCUUACUUGUUACCCAAGCUUGGUUAUUAUCCCAACUUGUUGCAGAUUGGAACGGGCUGCUUUAAUAUUGGAAGAGAUUGAUCCUGAAUACCAUGGGAUCAUCAGUGAUGAGCCCUGUCCUGACUUCAUAAAGACAGAUUGUCCCUUAAUGUAACAGCUAAUGUUCGUGUCCAGAAGGCUUCCCUGAUGAAUUGUUAACCCAAUGUGAGUUUUCCUUCCCAUUACCAACAUUCUUCUGUGCCUUCUACUCUUAAACUAUCUUAAGUGUUUUCCUUUAAUUCCAUUAACUCUAAUUUGGCCAGGCUUCUUUGUGCUGUGUUUGUUUGAUUACUGCCUGUACACCUAUUUCUGCCUAUCUUCUAGGUUUCCUUUUCUCUGGGGUGAUGUGUAAUGUUAGGACAUUCAUCCGGAUUAUGCCUCUGGCUUGAUUGACAGACAUCAGAAUGGAUCAAGCUACCAUGUUGCUUCCCUACUCCUAGCAUGUAAGAACAAGAUCACUGUUAGCUGAAUUAAUCUGAGUCAUGUUGCUUUAGCUGUAACAUGACCGAAUUUCUUCAGAACAUCCUCUGCAAUAAAGUUAGUUAAAUGUUUACUGACGUACAAUGUGUUCUUCAGGAAUAUGGAGAAUGUUAUAAAUCUCACCAGUAUUUAAGCUUGAAAUUAUCAGAUUGCAAUCUUCUGAUCAAGUCAAUCAAAUCACUGAUUUUAUAGUGCAUAAAACUUAAAGUUACAGUUGUAUGCUGCAGUUUCAUCUUUUUGUCACUUGGAACUGGCUGAUAUUGAAAAUUGCAGCAAAAUGAGGCCCAAGAAUCUGAUCUUAAAUUCAAAUGAAGUUUUGACUUUACUUUACAACGUACGGAAACAUUUUGAUUAUUUGGAUUUUCUUUAUGCUCCAUUGGGCAGUGUCAGUUCUAAUUCAACUGAUCCGCCGCGCCCCCCCCCCCC